AUUAAUAGCAGUGUGCAACCACAUCCACACUCUUCAUCUUCUAAUCUAACGAUGACAACAUUUGAAGUUGUUUUCAUCGCUACGCCAGCCCUCGGUAACCUCGUUCCACUUGUCGAAUUCGCUAACCUUCUAACCAAACACGACCCUCGAUUCUCUGCAACCGUUCUCACCAUUUUCAUGCCACAACGACCCCUCGUCAACACCUACGUCCAAUCACGCGCCUCCUCCCCCGCUAAUCUCCGAAUCCUCCACCUCCCUACCGUCGACCCGCCCCCACCCGAUCAGUACCAAUCCUCCAUCGCCUUCCUCUCCCUCCACAUACAAAACCAUAAACACCACGUCAAGAAUGCACUCCUUAGCCUUCUUCCCUCCGACUCCAACUCGCCCGUUCGACUCGCCGCCGUCUUCGUCGACAUGUUCUGUGGCUCUCUCAUCGACGUCGCCGCCGAGCUCUCCGUCCCGUGCUACCUCUUCUUCGCGUCGCCCGCGAGCUUCCUCGGCUUCACGCUCCACCUCCCCCGGCCCGACUCGCUCGACUCGGAGUCCGAGUUUUCCAUUCCGAGUUUCAAAAACCCCGUGCCUAAAUCCGUUUUGCCCAGCUUCGUGUUGGAUGCGAACGACGCCUCCUCCUGGUUUUCUUACCACGCGCGAAGGUACAGGGAGACGAAGGGUAUCGUGGUGAACACGCUUGGAGAGCUUGAGCCCCACGCGCUUCAGUCACUUCACGACGAUUCCCUUUUACCACGUGUUUACCCGAUUGGGCCUGUUGUUGACCUUGCUGGAUCGGCCGGAUGGGAUCCCAACCCGGUCCAGUAUAAGCGAAUCAUGGAGUGGCUCGACCGCCAGCCUGCUGCUUCCGUGGUUUUACUCUGCUUCGGCAGCAUGGGAAGCAUGAAAGCAGACCAGGUUGAGCAGAUCGCGAUUGGGCUGGAACGGGCCGGUGUUAGAUUCAUAUGGGCCUUGCGGGAGCCUCCGAAGGCCCAGUUAGAAGACCCGAGAGAUUACUUAAACGAAGUGGAUGUUUUACCAGAUGGAUUUUUAAAACGGACGGCUGGGAUAGGCUUGGUGUGUGGAUGGGUCCCACAAGCUAAGGUGCUGGGUCACGAGGCUGUUGGUGGCUUCGUGUCGCAUUGUGGUUGGAAUUCGAUUCUGGAGAGUUUGUGGCACGGUGUGGUGGUUGCCACGUGGCCGGUGUAUGCGGAGCAGCAUCUGAACGCGUUUCAGAUGAUUAGGGAGCUGGGAUUAGCGGUGGAGAUUAGCGUGGACUAUAGGGUGGGUGGUGAUCUUGUGCGGGCGGAAGCUGUUGAGAAAGGUGUGAGGUCGCUGAUAGAGGGUAGCGAUGAGCUGAGGAGAAAGGUGAAAGAGAUGAGUGAGAAAUGUAAAAGCGCGCUUGUGGAGAAAGGAUCAUCUUACAAUAACCUAGUGUCCCUGAUUCAGGAGUUGACAAGUUGAUCAAUGCAAGGUAAUCAAAUUUCUGUUUUAUGUCAUAUUAAUUUUUAUUAUAUUGAACCACUUAACACUUCAUAUUUCGAUUAUAAUAAAUAAAAUUCAGCUUUGGUUUUAUAUAGACA